CCGUUGGAACCGGGAGGGGCCGGGCUGGACUGGACUGGACUGGAGGUGGUUUUUGUUUUGUAAAUUGUAACUGACGUUAUAUAUAAAGCGUCAACAGCAGGAGCAGUUGGCCUUCAUUCCCUGAAAGUCUGAUUUCCCAUUUCGCUUUAACAAUUUCAACGAUUAAUCGUCAACAAUAUUUCUUUUAUCUUUUACUAUUAAUAUAUGUCUGAUGAAUAUUAUUUUUCCCCAAUUUUUGCAGGUGCCAGAUGGAAUAUCAAAUGACUCGGAUUUUUCUCCAAAAUUUUAACAAGUUUGGCGCAAUUUGAUUUGAUUUAAUUGAAUUACCCGCCUAACCUUGAAAACUAAUACUUGGUAUAUCAUAAGGCAAGCUACGUCGUCUCUUUUCAUCCAAGAAAACCUCCUCAAAAAAAUCCUAAAGCUUGGUGACAAGCACAACAAUGGCGGGACAAAAGAGAGAAGAAAGCAGCCCCAACACUAGUAGUACUACCAACAACAAUAACAAGAACAAUGCUUCAUCUAGCAGCGCCGCAACUCCUACAAUCGGUUCAUCUGUAAUUCCCAUAAUAAACAAGCUACAAGAUAUUCUCUCACCGCUGGGCUCCGACGAGCUCUCCAAAAUCCCUCUCCCUCACGUAGCCGUGGUUGGGAGUCAGAGCAGUGGAAAGUCUAGCGUCUUAGAAGCCCUAGUAGGCCGUGACUUUCUUCCACGUGGUUGUGAAAUUUGCACUCGUUGCCCUCUCAUCCUUCAACUUGAGCGUCGUGAUCAUCUUCAAUCUUCCAACCAUGAUCAAGGUGGCGGCAUUGACAUUGUUGAUCAUGAUAGAGAGUGGGGGGAGUUCCUUCAUAUGCCUCACUCUCGCUUUUACGACUUCGCUCAUAUUCGUAAAGAAAUUCAGGCUGAGACUGAGCGAGAAGCAGGAAGAAAUAAAGGAGUUUCAGAGAAACCGAUUAGAUUAAAGAUUUCUUCACCAAAUAUUCUAAACAUAACACUAAUCGAUCUGCCUGGGAUUACUAAGGUUCCCGUAGGAGAUCAACCUUCUGAUAUAGAAGCUAGGAUUCGGAAGAUGAUUAUGCACCAUAUUAGGCAAGAAAACUGCAUAAUAUUAGCAGUUAGUCCCGCGAAUUCUGAUUUGGCAACCUCUGAUGCUCUUCAAAUGGCCAAAGAAGCUGAUCCCAAGGGUACUCGGACAAUUGGAGUCAUCACUAAGCUAGAUAUCAUGGACAGGGGUACAAAUGCUUGCAACUUUCUCCUUGGAAAAGUUAUCCCACUUCAUCUAGGUUACAUUGGUGUGGUUAAUCGAAGCCAAGCGGACAUUAACAAGAAUAAGAGUGUUGGUGAAGCGCUUAGCUUUGAGGAACAAUUCUUCAAUGAUCAUCCUGUGUAUCAUAGUAUUCGAGAUCGUUGUGGCAUUCCUCAACUAGCAAAGAAACUUAAUGAGAUUCUUGAGCAGCAUAUAAGAGCCACACUCCCAGCUUUAAAGGCCCAGCUUAAUGCAUAUUUUCGUGUCGUUGAAGAAGAAAUGAAGGCAUACGGAGAUGACACGGAAUCUAAAGAAAAACAAGGAGCAAUUGUGUUGGACAUACUACGGAGUUAUAGUGAAGCUUUCUCUUCAUUGAUCGAUGGAAAGAAUUCAGAGAUGUCAACAAAAGAGUUGACAGGCGGAGCUAGAAUUCGCUACAUUUUCCAGUCGAUUUUCAUAAAAGCCCUAGAGGAAAUUGAUCCCUGUGAAGAUCUCACUGAUGAGGAUAUUAGAAUCGCAAUUCAGAAUUCUAUGGGUCCAAGAAAUAAACUGUUUGUACCAGAGGUUCCCUUUGUAGUUCUGAUAAGAAGGCAAAUUGAAAGGUUGUUAGACCCUAGUCUCCAGUGUCUUCAAUUCGCAUGCAGCGAACUGAUUAAGAUGAGCCGUUCUUGUGAAUCAAGGGAGUUACAGAGAUUUCCGGUUUUAAGAAAGCGCAUGGAUGCAGUGAUGCUGAAUUUUCUCUAUGAUGCUAUGAAACCUGUGGAGAAAAGGAUUGUGGAUACAAUUGACAUGGAGGCCGAUGACAUUAAUACUUCUCACCCUAACUUUGUGGGUGGACAAAGAGCAAUAGAAAUUUCUAAACAACGUAUCCGUGCUGCUAAGGGUGUUGUUGAUGUUGAUAGUUUUCCAUCACCAGAUCGUAAGGCACAGAAGUCUCAAGCUUGGUUAUCAUCAACCACCCUGGGAGGCCAAAAUUCAGGUGAAGAUGACAAGUCUACAUCAGUUGACCCUUCAGCAAAGCUAUGGGGCUUGCCUAUGAAUUUCUGGAGCCGUUUAUCAUCCAAAGGAACUCCUGCAGGAAUGUACCCGGGAGAUACAACUAAUCACACAUUUCAAACACCAUCAUCGAUUCAGCUAAAAGAGCCUUCCGCAACCAUAAGACCCACAGAGGCACCAACAGAAGAUGAACAGACAGAAGUGUUGGUAACUAGGGUACUGUUGAAAUCUUACUUUGAUAUAGUCAGAAAGAAAGUUGAAGAUGAUGUGCCUAAAGCUGUGAUGCACUUUUUGGUCAAUCGUCUUAGAAGGGAUCUUCACUCUACCUUUAUUCAGACGAUCUACAAAGAGGAACUUUUUGUAGAGCUGUUGCAGGAAAACUCUGAGGUGAUGAAGAAACGAAAGCGUACAUGUGAAAUGUACAGGGUGUUGCAGAGGGCUGUUCAGACACUUGGUGAAUUUGAGUCCAACAUUCCAUCCACAAAUACAGCUACCUAUCAAAGUCAACCACAACAAACCAAUGACGACAAAUUUUCGAGAGUAUAUUUGUCUAAGAAUCAUAGAUCUCACAGACUGUACUACUGAGCAAGCCCCGAUCAACAGGUUUUAAAGGGUUUUAGACUGGACUGUACCAGACCGGUUUUUUAAUACCCUACAUAUGACUAUUUAUCAAUAAUGAAAUAAUUUAUGAGUGAACCAUUAUAAAUUUGGUGUUCUUUAUUUGAGUAUUUAUUGUUCUCAUAUAUUGCCCAACUUGAAAACUACAAAUCAAAAUCCAUCGAUCUUUAUUGAAUUAAUCCGACAUUAAUUCAUAACAGGGACAAUUAAGCCUAAACUCGCACACUUGAAAUAAUUGGAAAAGAUAAACUAUGACCUUAAGGAUGAAUUGUUUUUUAAUAUCAAGUUUUCUUACUGAGCUAGUGGAUAGCAUCAUGAUGUGAUUUUUGACGUGCAUUUAAGAAACAAGGUUAUUUACUACAAGA